AGGCGUUUAGCUUUCUCAAGGCCUGGAUUACGGGGCCAACUGAAUCCGGCCUGACGUAGUCUGCUGGAACGGGACGAUGACGGGAAAAACAGGCGGACAAGGCGGAAAGGGUGUGGCAGUGAGUUUCAACAAGUUGACCUACACCGUUCCUGUGAAGAAGAAGGAGAAGUUGGAUAUCAUCAAGGACCUGAAUGGCGUGUUCCAUCCAGGGCGCCUCACUGCCCUGAUGGGGCCCAGUGGCUCCGGCAAGACCACCUUGAUGGACAUCCUCGCCGGACGCAAGAGUGGCGCAGGAAAGAUCCAGGGCGAAGUGCUCUAUGGAGGCUGUUCCGCGCCGCCAGCUGUGCUGAAGCACUUGACGGGCUACGUGGAGCAGUUCGACACCCUGAUUGGGGAACUCACCGUGGACCAGAUGCUCAUGUACACUGCCGAGAUGAAACUGCCUCGAUCCGUGCCAUAUGCCGAGAAACGCAAACGAGUUGAUAAUGUGAUCCAGCAGCUGCGCCUGAACAAGUGUCAGAACACAGUGAUCGGCAGCGUUCUCAGCCGUGGAAUCUCUGGUGGGCAAGCCAAGCGCGUCAACGUAGCUCUGGCGCUCAUUUCUCAGCCCCUGGUGGUUUACCUGGAUGAGCCCACUUCUGGCCUGGACUCCAAAAUGGCCAACGAGGUGUGCGCGAUCUUGAAAGAGCUGGUGAAGGAUGGCUACACCAUCAUUGCCACUGUGCACUCGCCCACCAGCUUCGCAUUUUCCUUGUUCGACGACCUCAUGAUGUUGCAGGCAGGCGGCGCCAUGGUCUACGCCGGCCCUGUAGCAGAUGUGAAGAAUUACUUUGUGACCUGCGGGUUUCCAUUCCCCGAGGAGCAAGGCUAUUCUUUGCCAGAUUGGCUGGUAGACACCACCAGUGGUGCCACGGGUGCCACAACGGAUGCGACAGAGAUUGAGGAUGGUGCUCCGGCUACAGCCGACUUUGCUGCACAUUGGGCCAAAAGCAAGCACAGCGAGGCCUACAGCAAGGAGUUCGAAGAGACCUUGGCAAAGCUCAAAGCCGACCCAGCGCCACUCAAGGAGUUGCCCACAUCGGGUCCAGGGCAACUCAAGGCUCUGCGGACCUUGCUGUCUUACCGUACCAGCACACACUACCGCGACGGCGAGUUCUUAGGGCCUCGCUUUGGAGACAAGAUCUUCAUGUCCUUGCUGUCCCUUUCGCUCUACUGGGGCAUUGGUAGCAAGAAGGACGCGCAAAGCAUUCAGAGUACUGCCGCUGUGCUCUUCUUCUUCUGCGCUCUUUGUGGCUAUGGCGCUGCGGCCUAUGUUCCCUCUUUGACUCUGGAAAGGGCCCUUUUCUAUCGCGAGCGGGCGGAUGGCUUGUACACAGCAGUCACCUACUACGUUGCCAAGUUCAUUGAGGAAGCUGUCCUUUGCAUCUUUACCAGCUUGGUCUUCAGCCUGGCGGUCUUCUGGGCUAUGGAACUGCAGGGUAGCUUCAUCAUCUUCGCUGUCAGCUACUUCCUGACCUCCAUGGUCGGCAUUGUGCUGGCCUACGCAGUGGCUGCUGUGGCACCUAACAUGGAUGCAGCCAAUGCAAUGCUUCCCACCUAUGUGACCACAUGCCUGUACUUUGGUGGUUUGUUCAUCGUGUUUGAGAAGAUCCCAGUCGGCUGGUACUGGUAUUCCUGGACCUCCUUCAUGCGCUACUCCUGGGGCAUGCUCAUGCUGAACCAGUUUCAGGAUCAAGCCACUGGACAGGAAGCCGUCUUCUACAACGACGGUGGGGUUGUCACAGUCUUGGAGUUCUACAAUCUCAAUGAGGGGCUCAUGUCGGAUAUGGGUUUCUGCGCUGGUGUGCUGAGUGGAUUGCUGAUCCUGUUUGGUUUUCUUGGAGCACUGGGGCUCACCUUCGUUUCGCAUGUGAAGCGGUAGUCGGCCCAGCGGCCGACGUUGGCCUCGGGCGCCGCCUGUGCAGCCGCCAGAUCGGCGGAGCAAGCUUCAGCCUUCUGAGGAUUUUGCGAGCUCUAGCCGCGUUGGGCAAUGGUCCCCAACGGCGCUGGCGGUUUUCCUUAGCAAUUCAUCGGGCUCCUUGAGCUUAGGCACCUCAAAGUCUCAAAGUCUUAGGGCA